AUGGCAACCUUUUCUUUUUGUGAACAAUGUAACAACUUAUUAUACCCAAAAGAAGAUAGAGAAAAUGCCAAGCUUACAUAUGCAUGUCGUAAUUGUAUUUAUCAAAGCGAAACUUCAAAUAAUUGUGUUUACAGGAAUGACAUUCAACAUCCUAUAAAUGAAGCAAACAUAGUUAUAAGAGAUUUAGCAGCUGAUCCAACAUUGCCACGUACUACUGAAAAAAGAUGUAAACAAUGUGGAUGUGAUUUAGCUGUAUACUUUCAAUCACAAUCUCGUCGUCCUGACACAAAAAUGACAUUGUUUUAUGUAUGUGCAAACACAAAUUGUGGUUUUCUUUGGACAGAUUUUGAUCCAAAAAGUAAAAAGAAAGAAGUGCCUCUUGAUGAUGAUGGUGGUGAUGGUAUCGGCGAUGAAGAUGAAUAUGGCGAAUAUGGAGAAUAUGAAGACGUUGGUGUUGAUCAUAGUAAUAUUGAACAACAAGAUGUUAUUAACGAGAAUUUUUUUGGUGAUGAUGAUGAUGUCGCUGAUGAUGUUGACGUUGAUGAUCUGCUUGGUGAUGAAGUUGUUUCCAUCACCACCGCAAUUAAUAAUGGUAAUGAUGAUGAAAUUAUUCAAGAGGAUUGGAGAAAUGGAGUGGUGUAUUCUGAAAAUUAUGAAAAUCCAAAUCCUCCGGACCCAAUAGUAAAUAGUGUAGAAAAUAUUAAAGUUGAACAACCAACUCAAAACACUCACAAGGAUGAAGAUUGGUGA